GGGGUAUGGAUUCAAUGUUGAUUUCCAGGGUUCGAUGUCCAGCUUCAACUUCACCUCUUGACAUCUAUUCAUCCUCUUGACUUUUCUGGGAAUGAGUGAGAUUAUGUAACAAUCAAACCCCAGCCAUUUAUUCAGCCGUGAUGCUAUCCCUUUUCACCCAUGACUCGGUCUGUACCAAUGUUCUGCUCCGUUGCUGACGCAAUGGCCGAGCAAUGCAGCUGCAUAGGCAUACCAGUAUGACAUGGAAGAGCACCGGGAUGGUCUCCGUUGAAAAUAGGUACGUUAGAGUUUGGACCAGAACUGGUAAGCUAGGUGGGAGAAAAGGGGUUUGGGAGAUGUCUUGAGCUGUGCUGUCCAGAUCAUCUUCAGGAUCAAUACAUACAACUUCUUAUCUUCUCUUGCUGGUGGUGGGUUCAUGGCAACCGAUACUGAAGAGGCCACCAUGACGAAGUGGAAACUCCCCACGGCGAUCAACAGAUCUGUCGGCAUCCUGGGAGCUGGUGUGCUAGGCCGCCGGAUAGGAGCCUGCUGGGCCUCUGCCGGAUACAAGGUCAACAUUCGCGAUCCCGACACGCAGCAAACCAAUGGAGCUCUACAGUACAUCAAAAACGAGAUGUGGAGGUACAAGCCCACCGUCAGCCCCGACAAGAUUUCCGUUCAUGGUUUCCAGGACCUGAAGCCUGCCGUGGAGGACUCGUGGCUGGUUAUCGAAUGCGUGCCUGAGAAGCUCGACCUAAAGAUGAACGCCUUUGCCGACCUCGAAAAGGUUGUCCGACCCGAUACGAUACUGGGAACCAACUCGUCGUCCUACAAGUCGCGGGAGAUUGCGGCCAAAGUGAAGCCUGACACGGCCAAGCGCAUGCUGAAUAUGCAUUACUACAUCCCGCCCGACAUACGCGUUGUCGAGCUCAUGACCAGCGGAUCAACGCACGAGGACAUUUUUCCUUUUCUCGAAGAGCACCUCAAACGGUCUGGCAUGCUUCCAGUCAUGGCACACCGAGAGUCUACGGGCUUUCUUCUCAACCGCGUCUGGGCCGCUAUCAAACGAGAAUGUUUGAUGGUGCUAUCCGAGGGGGUAGCCUCACCAGCAGAGCUCGACAUGGUGUGGAAUGAGAUGUUUGUCAAGACCGGUGUUCCCCCAUGCGAGCUGAUGGACUCAGUAGGCUUGGACACUGUGUCACUCAUCGAGCAGCACUACAUCCAGGAGCGGAAUCUCCACGACCCAGGCGUCAUAGCCUUCCUCCAAAAGUACAUCCAGGAGGGCAGGCUCGGGGCCAAGUGCAGCAAGGGCGGUCUGUACCCACCAGGUUAUACCACCAAGACUGCUGGCCAACAGCAAACUCCCUACGACAACCUGCACGCUCCGACCUUGUACAUCCUCGACCUUGGCCUCAACAACGCGCCAGAGGAGGUGUACCAACGUGGCCGUAUCCUCGUGGGCAGCGCGGAUGGCCAAACCCCUCUCCGCACCAUAGUGGACCACCAGCCCAUGCCAGACGGGAUCGCUCUCUGCCCAUCAGAAGGUAAAAUUAUCUGGGGCAACAUGGGUGUGCCUAACAAAAACGACGGCAGCAUCAUGUCGUGCAACUUGGACGGUAGCGACAUCAAGGUCAUCAUCCCCUCCGGCACGGUACACACGCCCAAGCAGAUUGCUGUUGACGACGACUGCUCCAAGAUGUACUUUUCCGACCGCGAAGGCAUGCGCGUCUUCCGAUGUAACAUUGAUGGCUCUGGACUGGAAGUCCUCAUCCGCAACGGGGACUGGGCGACUGGCUUUGACGACCAGACGAAGUGGUGCGUGGGCCUCGGGCUUGCCCCAUUGGAAGGGAAGUUUUACUGGACGCAAAAGGGUCCGUCCAAGGGAUCCAAAGGGCGCAUUUUCAGGGCGAACAUACAUACACCUCCUGGGCAUGAUGCUUCUACGAGGACCGACAUCGAAUGUCUGUUCCGGGGCCUGCCGGAGCCUAUCGAUAUCGAGAUCGAUGAGGAAGGCAAGUUCAUGUACUGGACUGACAGAGGGGAGCUUCCUCGUGGCAACAGCUUGAACAGGGCUGAAAGGGGCCCUGAUGGCCAGUAUACCGACCACAAGAUCCUAGCCAGAAACCUGCACGAGGCUAUCGGCAUCACUCUUGACAGGAAGAAUCGACACAUAUACGCUACAGACUUGGGUGGAGCGGUGUACCGCUUCAACAUGGAUGGAACUGGGCGCAGGAAGUUUUAUGAGGACGAGGGAUCUUUUGCGGGGAUUGCAUUGUGUGACAAAUAA